AUGGUCUCUGGGAAAUGCGUCAGGGUGCUCCGCGCACAUGGGCAGCGGUGCGGGCUCAGGCUCCGGCCGGAGGUGGCGGGUUUUUGUGCCUCAGAGGUGGCAGCCCGGCCUCCGGCUGGGUGCUGGAGGAAGACGGGGGGAGCGCGGGGGGGGGGGGGGCAGAGCAGGGCGGCUGGCGGUGGGGGCUGCUUGGCGGCUGGCUGGGCGGCCGUUCCGCACCGAGAGCCAGCGCGGGUGCCAGGCUGGGCGCGCUGCCUGCCCCGCGGCGCCUCAGGCCUGCCUCUCCCUAGGGCGGAGAGCCGGGGCCUGGGGAGGUUCCUCCUCCCAGCCGCACGGGGCCCCCGUGCCGCGGACGGGCCCCUGCUGCGCAGGCCGGCCUGGGGCUGGCGGCUCCCCGGCCUGGCGGAGCGUGGCAGGCCGCAGGCUGGACGGGCGGCCCUGGCGGCCUCACAGUCCCCCGCCUGCCUCCUGGUCGCCCGCUGCAGCAGCACCAGCACCAGCACCACCCCCUCCAACCCCGGCAGCAAGCCCUGGGCCGAGCACGAGAUAUUUGGCUACAAAACUCAAGGCUGCCGGAAAGCCAUGUUCAUUGCUGGAUAUAUCUUCUCCUGUGGGGCUCUUCUCCUUCUGUCUUCCUGGAAGCCAGCAUGGGAUGUGUGCAUCCCAUGUAACUUGCAAGAAGCAGAUGUCAUAUUGCUUAGAAUAACAGAUGAAUUUCAAAAAUACACCAGAAAGAAGGUGACCUGGAUUGACUUGUCCACAUUGAAUCUAUCAGUUGGAGAUACAUCAGAUAAUCUCUUCAUUGCUGACAAAGAUUCUGUCAUAAACAGAGCCAUAAUGAAGCCAGAAUUAAAAGUCAGAAGCAUCCAGGUACAGAAAAUCCAGUAUAUUUGGGAUCUCUUUGUGAAGCAAUUCCAGAAACUUGGAUUGCUAGAUGACAGCAACUCAUGUUAUGACAUACAUCACCAGUUUGGAACUGGUCUGACGCGCGAAGAACAGAAUAUCAGGAACAGUCCACAGCAUUUCUAGAGGUUAGUGUGUGGGCCCAAUGCCAUUGAAGUUGAAAUUCGGCCUAUUUGGAAGUUACUUUUUAAAGAGAUUUUAAAUCUCUUUUAUGUGUUCCAAACCUUCACUCUGACUCUGUGGUUGAGCCAAGGUUACAUCGAGUAUUCCAUGGCUAUCAUAAUCUUGUCAGUCAUUUCUAUUGGCUUAACAGUGUAUGAUCUCAGACAGCAAUCUGACAAGCUGCAUGAUCUUGUUGAAGAACACAACAAAGUCCAGGUUACAGCCUGCACAAAGGACGAAGAUGAGUUGAAGUCUCGUUAUUUGGUCCCAGGAGACAUCCUUGUUUUAGAAGGAAAGAAGCAUUCUUUGCCAUGUGAUGCUAUCCUGAUCGAUGGAGGCUUUAUUGUAGAUGAAGGCAUGCUCACAGGUGAAAGUAUUCCAGUCACUAAAACCACUUUGCCCCAUACUGAGAACACCAGGUCCUGGAAAACACAUAGUACAGAGGAUUACAAAGACGCCCUCUUCUGUGGAACAGAGCUCGUCCAGACCAAGCUCACAGGCAAAGGACCAGUGAGAGCUGUUGCGCUGCAAACUGGGUUCAACACAGCCAAAGGCAAUCUGGCGAGAUCCAUCCUCUACCCCAAGCCCAUGAAUUUCAAACUCUACAGAGAUGCCUUCAAAUUCAUCAGAAUCCUUACAUUAAUCAGCGUGCUUGGACUGAUCUAUACAGUGUGUGUGUAUAUACAGCACAAGAAACCAGUAGCUGAAACAGUGGCAAUGGCGCUACUCCUCUUCACUGUUUCUGUCCCUCCUGCAAUACCAGCUGCUUUGACAACAGGGAUUGUUUAUGCCCCAAAGAGACUGAAGAAUAAGAACAUUUUCUGCAUCAGCCCCCAGAGGAUCAAUAUAUGCGGGUAAAUAAACCUGGUUUGCUUUGACAAAACUGGCACCCUAGCAGAAGAUGGACUGGACCUCUGGGGGCUGAUCCCUUCAGAAGAAAGAUGUUUCCAGAACGUCCACAGCUUUGCCUCUGGUACUCCUUUGCCUUGGGGACUGCUGUGUGGAGCCAUGGCGAGCUGUCAUUCACUCAUAGCUCUGGAUGAGAAGAUACAGGGAGACCCACUGGACAAGAAAAUGUUUGAGGGCACUUGCUGGUCUCCAGUGGAUGGGAUAGCAAUCCUACAUCAGUUCCCAUUUUCCUCCGGGCUGCAGAGGAUGUCUGUCAUUACCCAGCAGAUUGGGAAAGACCCAUAUGAUCUGUAUAUGAAAGGAGCACCAGAAAUGGUGACCAGUUUUUGAAGACCAGAAACUGUACCAGCUGAUUUUGUAAAGGAGCUUAAGGUUUACACGACCCAAGAUUUCAGAGUGAUUGCACUGGCACAUAAAGCACUAAACAUGGGAAAGGAUGUGGAACUGGACAACUUAGAAAGGGAGGAGGUGCAGUCCGAGCUGACGUUCCUUGGCCUUCUGAUAAUGGAAAAUCGGCUGAAGACAGAGACCAAGCCUGUCCUGGAAGAACUCAGCGCUGCCCGCAUCAGGAGCAUUAUGAUCUCAGGUGACAACCUUCAGACAGCUGUUACUGUGGCCAAAAAAUCCAAAAUGAUUUCCAAGACCAGCAAAAUGAUUCUCAUUGAAGCAAGUGAACCAGAAGGACCCACCCCAGCAUCCAUUACCUGGCAACUAGUGGAAGAUAGCAAACAAAAUCACUGUAAGACAUGUGUUAAUAUUGAGGAAAGGACCAUUUCUGAAAGGGAAAGCAACAAUUACCAUUUUGCCUUGAAUGGAAAAUCCUAUCAGGUUAUAGUGAAGCAUUUCAAGAGUUUGCUGCCACAGAUACUAGUGAAUGGGACUGUUUUUGCUAGAAUGUCUCCUGGGCAGAAAUCCAGCCUCACUGAAGAAUUUCAAAAACUGAAUUACUAUGUGGGUAUGUGCGGAGAUGGAGCCAAUGAUUGCGGGGCUUUGAAAAUGGCCCACGUAGGGAUAUCUUUGUCAGAGCAGGAGGCAUCAGUGACUUUGCCUUUCACCUUGCAAAUCCCCAAUGUAGAGUGUGUGCCCAAGCUGAUCAGGGAAGGUCGUGCCGCUUUGGUUGCUUCUUUUGCUGUGUUUAAGUACCUGACCCUAUACGGCCUGACUCUGUUUAUUGGCACUGCUCUGCUUUACUGGCAACUACAGAUAUUUGGGAACUACCAGUACCUUAUGCAAGAUGUUGUCAUCACCCUUCUGGUUUGCUUAACAAUGAGUUUGACCCAGGCCUACCCGAAGCUGGCCCCUUACAGACCUCCAGGGCAGCUCAUCUCUCCUCCUUUGAUACUCUCAGUCAUUCUCCGUACUGCAGUCAAGCUGGUCUAUGGCUUCCUUUUUGUGAAGCAGCAGCCUUGGUACUCGGAAAUGGCCACCCACAGAAUGCAGCAGAAUGGCGAGUCUAGCCCAAAGUUAGAAUAUUGCUAUUAG